UUUGCAAAAGAGUAUUGUAAACAAAGACAACUCAUAAUUAAAAAUGGCUGAUUCAACCAGUGAUUCAAGUUCUGUUCAAAGUUUGCAAGUAGACCAGAGUUCAGAGAAAAAAAUUGAUAAUAACAGAUUUUAUGCAUUAUACUCUUUCAAUGCUCAAAAAUUUUCUGAUCUAGGCCCAUCAACAGACAAUGCUUCUACAAGCACAGUUGAACAAGCAGAUGGAAGCUUAAGCUUAAAUAUCAUUGCAACAAACUUGACUGCUACUACUGAAACAGACCUCAGAAAAUCCAUAGCCCAGAGACUUUCUAAAAAUUGCCCCAAAUCUGGAGAUGGCGUGUUUUUGUCUGUUGGUCUUCAAAAUCCUAAAACGUCUACAUCAAUCUCCAUCAGUGCUGCAGCAUCAGUAUCUGCAUCAUGCUACUUCUGUCUUAUUGAGUCAACAUUUGAUACUCUGGAUUUUGAUCUCGUUAGCCAAGAAGGAAAAUGUUCAGACAUAAGACCACAUGAAGUUCAACAAUUCCUGGUGUGUUUCUUAUCGUUCCAAGACAGUUCACUUGAGCAAUUUCGCUCUGACUUUGAUUCUUAUACACAAGGCUUGAUUCCAUUACUGGACAAGGAACCUAUUGUGUCACCUUCCCUUCCUCAAAGUUUUCCUGAAGCUUCUUGCAACUCUUCUUUUCCCAUUGAUCCUAAAGAGCUUAGUCAAUUAAGCACCAGAAUUCACAAUUACCUGGAGCAGUGGCCUUAUGUUGUUCUAGAAUAUCUUACAAGAACGAUACAGUACUUUGGGUCUGGGAUUCAGCACCUUUUAUACUCAGCCUUACUGAAUGCAAAUCUUCAAAUAAAUGAUGCAACUGAAGAACAAGAAGAUGACAUUAGAAGGUUUAUUAACUGUGUUAGCAUAUCAAGUCUUGUGGAACAGCUGCAGUCAUCAGAAAGUGUGAAGAUUGAAACCUGUCCUGAAUUUAAUGAUUUAUGGCUUCUGCAGCCCAUUGUUAUAACAAUUACACUAAGACAAGGACAGUCUGUGACUUUUGAUAAAACAUACAGUUGUAACUUUUGCACACAAGCUUCAGAGAAACUUUUGAGUUUUGAUCCGACAAAUGUUUCUAAGAUAAAAGAUUUUUUAGAAACUAUAAAACUUACUUUUGUGCAUUGCCUGAAUAAAUUAAAAAGAUUUUUAAAACAAGCUGAGCUGGAUUACUAUGCUUUAUACAGAUCCUUUUCUUAUCUGAAGAAAUGUGGUUGUGGUGACAUGCUGCUAAGAUAUGUGAAGCUGGAUGGAGGGCCUGAAACCCUGAGCGUGUUGUCUGUCUUAGAGACUUUCAUCAAGGACAUGAAACUGACGCUUAUGUGAUUCUUGAACUGACCAAUCCUGACGUUGAUAUUAAACAUUAUUUAUUUGACCUCUGUGAGAUACUACCACAAUGGAUUAUGUUAUUAAUGUGUUUUAGAAAAAUGUUGCUGUAACAAGCAAUGUGUUUGGUUGUUUACUACCAUUACUGCCUUUCUGUGAUCCAUACUUUAUUGUGCACACAAAAAUGGAAUAUAAUUACUUAACAAAAGAAAUCUUAGGAAACUGAAUGAAAUUAUAUAUUUUUAUAUGUCAAAUUUUUCUUUCUGCUGCUAUAUAAAUGUUAAAUUAUCAGUUAGUGAUUAAUUAUUGUAAAUAGAUUAUAUUUCACAAUUCAGUGGUUUUAAAAUAGUAAUAAAUUUGCAUAUAUUUUUUUUUCCUCUAGUUCAUUUUAAAUUAUUCAUACAUUUAUUCAAAUUAUUGAAACAUUUUUUUCUGAACACUAGCUUUUAUGUACCUAAAGGGUUAUAUGAAGUGUUUUGAACACCCUGACUAUGCUGUUAAAAAAAUUAACAUUAUUAGAAUUCUUCACGCACAAAUUGUCUAAGAUAUAGUAUUUAAUUUUUUUUUUUCUGAUAUUAUGACUUGUGAACUUCUUUAAACUGACAUGUUUUUUAAGUUUUAGUUUUACAGAUAUUUCUUUGCUUUGCUGAGAAAAUAAAAUGGGUCUCUAUUUUACAGAGAUCUCAGCUCUUUUUUUAAUCUUUCCAACCAUUUUUUUUUUUUUGGUAAAUGUUUAAUCUAUCUAGAUAGGAUCAUUGAUCCUAGGCUUUAGGGUAAGACAUUGGUAAUUCAUUAACUGUUUGUUUUAAAAUGACCUUAUGACAGAUCUUCAUGUACCUUUUUUUUUUAAAUGGAAAUAAUUAUUGUAUCAAUUAUUGUCAUUAUAUUGUUUAAUAAGGCAUUGUUGACCUCUAAGUUUGCUCUAAAUUCCCUAUUCUGCAAGAUUAGAUAUGAGUAUCAGUAUUAGAAAUUUUAUCAAACCAAAUCAUUUAUUGAUUAAGUAUAAGUUUAUAAAAUGUGUAUUAUUGUCAACACAUAUUUUAGUCAGGCAACAAUAAUAGUAUUUAAUAUUUUUGGAUUCACAUGACAAGGGAGAUACAAAAAAAGUGCAUCUUGUGCAUAUGGUUGUUUAUAUUUAUGAAUAAUUGAUUACAUAUUUAGUUUUUAUAAUAUUGACUUGUAAAGCAAGAAAAGUUUGUACUCUACAUAUUUGUAUUGAAGAAAUAGAUUAUAUUUGUAUAUAUACAAGUCCCUUUAAACUUUUUGGUUUGUUUCACUUCUACAUCUGUAGCCUCCUUCAAUAGAUGAGAUGAAAUACAGAGUAUUAUCUAUGGUUGGAACAAUAUUGCUCAGCACAAUGGUUUCCUGUUGGCACACAGCUGAGAUGUCUAAUAGAACAAAAGGUGCCGAUGCAGUUUGGGAUCAGCAGUGUCCCAGGUUUUGUCAGGGUGUAGCACUGUGCUGCAAGCUGCCUAAAGGUCACCAGCUCCUGAUUUUUCCUCAGGGUUGACUUCUGAAACCUUUUCAUGUUUGGGUAUAGCCACAAGGCAGCAAAGGUUUGAAUUUAGUUUCCUUCUCCUAGUAUGUUUUGCAUAAGUAUUGUAUUGUUGUGAUGCACAGAUCUAGUGCACUGUCAUCCAAUUGUACAUUCUGCAGUCUAAAGUGGCAAUUAUAAAAGAAAAUGUAUGCAGUUAAUGUCUUUCUACACAGAUGUUAUUAGCUAUAGUUAACACACAGGAACAUAUGAAUCAUCUAUCCAGUUAAAAUGUAUACAUUAUUGUUGUAUUUUUCUAUCAUUUUUUUUUUGCAACAUAAAGUGCUAUGUACCAUGUAGGCUAUAUUUGGAACAUAUGUACAUUUUUAAAAUGUCAUCAACUAAACUUAAGUGGGCAAAAUAGAGAAAUAAUUAAAAUAUCCCAACUUUUAA